GUCUGUUUUCAACUCUCGGACGUGUUGUGUUUAUCGCAGUGUGCGUGUGGGCAACGCUGGUUAGAAUCUUAUUGGAUUAUUUUAUAUAAACAAAAAUAACUUUUAGCAAAACUAUAUGAUAAGCAAUAAAAAGCACGUGUUGCAUGCUUGAAUAUUUAAUAUAAACGACAAGUUUACUUAAGAAAAAAAGAAAAAACUUGCUUAUAAAUAAGCAAAAAUUCUUGUCGGUGACGACAUAAGACGUGCAGGUGAAAUAGACCGGUUAGAUAAUCAAGCAAAGCUUACAACAAUAACAAUUUCCAGCUGUUAUACACAUUGGAAGUAAACAAUAACAAUAAUGAGCCGCCUUUUACUCAAUUCCACAAUAUGUGCCAGCGACUUCGCUGCCACAACAUCCAGACAGCAAUUGAAAUGUAAAUCAACGUCAAGUUUUGUUGUACGGCGACGCUGGAAAUCGCUGCUGCAUUCUCAUACGCAGGCAAAGCAACGUAUGUUCAGUCCAGCAGCAGCGUUUGAAUCGAGUGGUUGUCGGAGUUUGCUUUCGCCAUUUUUAACUAGUUUAAAUAAGCAUUGCGCCCUAAGUACAUCGGCCAGUAUGUCGUCGUCUAAAUGUCUCGCACUUGAUAAUAUAAAUCCCAACUUUAUAACAAUGGAAUAUGCCGUGCGUGGUCCAUUGGUUAUAAGAGCCGGUGAAAUCGAAAAAGAAUUACAAGAGGGUAAUAAAAAAGCAUUUGACCAAGUGAUUCGUGCUAACAUUGGUGAUUGUCAUGCAAUGGGUCAGAAGCCUGUUACCUUCCUCAGACAACUUCUUAUACUGACAUUUGAUCCCACUUUGCUUGACUCACCAAAUUAUGCAGAAGAUGUGAAAGAGCGUGCUAGAGCUAUUUUAGAUAGUUGUCAGGGUUGUUCUGUGGGGUCCUACACUGAUUCUGCUGGAUUGGAAGUCGUUAGAAAGCAAGUUGCUCAGUAUAUUCAAAAACGUGAUGGUGGUAUUGCUUCAGAUCCCGAUAAUAUUUAUUUAACCGCUGGUGCUACUCCUGGCAUCAAAUCAGUUCUUUCUCUAAUGCGAGCCGAAAUCAAUUCCAAGCCACCCGGUGUUAUGGUACCAAUUCCACAAUAUCCACUUUAUUCUGCUACUAUUGCUGAAUAUGGUAUGGAAAAAAUUGGUUAUUAUCUUGAUGAGGAAACCAAUUGGAGUUUGAAUCGCGCCGAAUUAGAGCGCGCUUAUAAUGAAGCUAAGCAACAUUAUGAACCGCGUGCUUUGGUGGUUAUUAAUCCUGGUAAUCCAACCGGACAAGUACUAAAACGCGAAAAUAUUGUCGAUAUUAUUAAAUUUGCAUAUGAUAAUAAAUUGGUACUGUUGGCUGAUGAAGUGUAUCAAGAUAAUGUAUAUGAUAAGAAUUCUAAAUUCUUUUCAUUCAAAAAAGUUAUGACCGAAAUGGGUGCGCCCUACAAAGAUAUGGAGCUUUGCAGUUUCAUGUCUACAUCGAAAGGUUAUUUGGGUGAAUGUGGCAUACGUGGUGGUUAUAUGGAAAUAAUCAAUAUGUGUCCAAAGGUUAAAGCUAUGCUAACAAAAUCACUUACUGCGUCCUUAUGUUCAACAACUGCUGGACAAGUUGCAGUCAGUGCUUUAGUACAUCCACCAGAACCCAAUGAGCCGUCAUAUGACCAAUACAUAACGGAAAAAAAUAAUAUUCUUGAGUCAUUAAAAGAGCGUGCAGAAUUAGUUUACAAUAUGCUUAACAGUUUUGAAGGAUUCAAGGUGAAUGUUGUACAAGGUGCCAUGUAUGUUUUCCCGCAAAUUACUAUACCGCCCAAAGCCAUAGCAGCAGCUAAAGCUAAAAACAUGACCCCAGAUACUUUCUAUGCAUUUGAAUUGCUUGAGUCUUCAGGCAUUUGUAUUAUUCCUGGCAGUGGUUUUGGACAAAAACCAAAUACAUAUCAUUUCCGGACUACAAUUCUGCCACAAACCGAUAAACUAAAAAUCAUGAUGAAUAAAUUCAGAGAUUUCCACAUUGAAUUCAUGAAGAAGUAUAAGUAAAUAAUUUUUAACUAACUUUUUACCAUGUAAUAUUGUCUGAAAUAUGUAAAAAUUAAAUAAUAAAUAAUAUAAAUUGGUUUCCUAAGAACGCGAAUCAACCCAUAACAUAAGUAAUAUGAACUUUAAAUGACAUACUAUGUAUAUUCUAAUCGUAUAUCCACAUCGAUUUAAAUUAAGUGAUUUUUUUUGUAUAUCUAAGUUGAUAUAUAAUUUAUAGAAUUGCAUUAUUAAAAUUUAGUUUCUGCGUUUAUAUUCAAUUGUGUGUAACCAAACCACUUUAUCUGUAAUAUCGAUUAAUAUAUUUAAAUAAUUGAUUAACUAAAUGUUUAACCUUUAAGGCGGAUUUAUUGCCAAAUGUUGCAAAUGGAGAUUUGUAUUUGUAUAUUAUAUUAUAAAAUAUAUAUCAUAUAAUAUUUAUGUAUAAAAAUUAUUGCUUUUUGCUUAUAAACAAUUUAUUAUACAUGCAUAUAUUUUAUGUAUCAACAUUUGUUGAAUUGUUAUUUAAAGGACAAUAAUUUUGUUAAAUUAUAAAUUAAAAAUUCAUUCAAAAUAAAUGAUACAUU